AUUACUAUUGUUGCAAAUAAUAUUUUUGUCUGAUAACAAAAAAAAUUACUGUACAUUAUUUGUCACAAUUCAUUAAAACUGUACAUCAAAAAAGUAUUUUUAUUUUGAAAAUUCGUAUUCAAGAUUUCUAUCGGUAAGACUAUUUCAAUAUGGCAACAAAACAUUUUAAAAAUGAAAGCAAAAUGGAUUUCAGUCUGGCAGAUAUUAGUCUUCAUAACGAUCCCAGUAGACAAGAAAGAUCUCUUACUAUUCAUAAUAAUACAUCUUUUGCUCUUGCCUUUAGGAUAAAAUGUAGUGACUCGGCCUUCAAAAUCAAACCACAAACAGGAAUUCUUGCCAAAAAAGGUUCCAGCGCAAAUAUAAAUGUCACGUUGUUACCAAACAGGAAAAGCUCGAAAAACAUAGAGUAUUCUGCCCUAUUUACUUCUACAGAUAAUAAAAAUCUUACUGAAGAUGAAAUAAAUAAACUGUUUGACAAUUCAUCCGAAAGUUUAGACGAAUAUCUAAAGAAAACAUUAAUUUCAGAAAGCAAGAAUACAGUUAUGAGUAGUUUGACUGUAAGAAUAAUCAAAACAAAUCAAAAUUACUUAAUUUUUGAUAAAGAAAAUACACAGUUUCAUUUAUUUCUUACAGAAUUUCACAAAAAGUUUUAUUUUAAAGUUCAUUUUACCUAUUAUUUUUGCCAUUUUUCUAAUAUGUUACUGCAUUGAAUAAUUUGGCUCUCUUGUAUGAAAUCGUACCAACUAAAUUUUUUAAUGAAUAAUAAUUAUGCAUGUUAACAAAUUGAAUUAAUAAAAAUUAGGACUAAAUAGAUGUUAUCUCUAUUGUUUUUUAAUUAAAUUUCCUCAACUUUAAUACAAAAUAAGAAAAAAGUGAACUUUUAAGAAAUUUGCUGGAUUUCCCGGGAUGAAAAGAAUAUCCCAGGAUAUUUCCCGGGUUAAAAAAACAGCCGGGAUCCCGUUAGAGAAACCAUAGUCGAAAGAUAAUGGAAGUCGUGUGUAUCUCCAGUAGAGUCGGAUUUAAUGACGAUUUUACUCGUUAUCAG